AUGCCUGCACGAUUUGGGUAUGACAAGUCGGCCGACUACGCUGUGACGGCUCUUAGCAAUGCACUGCAGUACAACCGCCUCUCAAGUGCAGAUGUGCGCGUAGCUCGUGCGGCCUUCGAGAACUAUGAUAACGCGGUCCGACGCCUGCGAGCAGAUCUGAGCUGUAGCGACCAUCGUGGCGUAACUGACGGCACCUUUAUAUGCAUUGCAGCCUUGUCUAUCUACGAGAUGGUCAUGCAAGAAAAUGAUCCACAUUGGCAAGAUAGACUCAGAUCUCACUGGACGGGCGUCAACGCUGUCCUUCGGGCUAGACGGCAGUCUCCUCACAUGAGCAACGUGGCUCGUGGAAUUGUGUACAGUCUUGUCAUAGACCUUACAGAGGACUCUAUGGCUCGGGGUCGACCAUCUGAUCAUCUACUAUAUAUCGAUCCGCCAGAGCGCUUGCUCGCGCGAUCCGCAAACUCUCUCAGCUUAAGCAAAGUCACAUAUCAGCUAAUCGCACAAUUUCCCAGUCUCCUGAACGGGCUGAGGGCGGCGCGAUACGGUUAUCGCGAGAACCAUGAAGAGCUCGAUGCAGUCUUCAGGCUCGCAGAGAGGCUAGUUAACAUGUCGGACGACGCAUGCGAGUCGGCCAUACUCCAUGCUACCACCGUGCAGAAGUCGACUGUCGACAGCAAAAUCGUCCCUUUUGAACUGGUGUUCAAAAUACCCGAGGAUGUGGUCGUCGCAAUCAAUUACUGGCUUAUCAGAAUGGCUACCAUAAAUGGCUACCUGAAGCUUGUUCAGACUCAUCCACAUCUGGCCCACAAUCAAGAGGCCAUCAAUCGAAGCAUGGCAGAGAAGGAACGCUACUACACCAAUAUGAUGAUGGUCUGGCAUCAGGCCACCUUACUCGGGCCUUUCACUUUAGUGCGAGUGGGCACUGGACUGUUGCAAAAUUGGCAACACCUGCGUCGUACCAGGACAUGGCGCGGCCUGCGAUCUAUCGAGGUUGUUGCUUGGGUAUUGUCGAAGCUGAACAAGAAGUCCUUGGCCGGGUCCUCAGCAGUGCUGGGUCCGGCAGAGUACGAUAUUUUGGCCGAUUACAUUGUAGGUGGCCCACUCGAAGCACUUGAGGCGGCCAACUUGAAGGAUUUCUUUCUCUGGGUCGAUCGCAAGGCGUAA